UCUCUAUAAAUAAAUGUUGUGUGGAAAUAUGUAGUAGAAUCACUUGAAUCUUGGAGUCUGGGGGAAGAAGUACCUGGCCAGAUACGCACGUACGUAAGACGUCAUCAAUGGAGGGUCUUGUUCAAUGCUCUGCGAACUACAUUGCUCUGUCACCCAUAAGCUUCUUAGAGAGAGCCGCCAAUGUUUAUGGUGAUAAGGUUUCCGUCGUUUAUGGCUCUGCGAAAACUUCGUGGAGAGAAACGUAUGAACGCUGUGCCAAGCUUGCUUCUGCUCUGGUUCUCAAUCUGGGGAUUUCUCCUGGUGAUGCUGUUGCGGUUUUUUCACCAAACGUCCCUGCACUCUACGAGCUGCAUUUCGGCGUUCCAAUGGCCGGGGCAGUUCUUUCUGCCCUUAACACCAGGUUGGAUUCACCUACAUUGGCGCUGUUAUUAGAACAGUUGGAGCCCAAAAUCAUUUUUGUAUACCAUGAGCUUGUUGAGGUUGUCGAGAAGGCACUAAGCAUACUCUCCGAGAGAAAAAGCAAGCCACCCCAGCUUGUUCUAAUACCAGAGAAUUAUGAUCAAACAUCAUCCUUAACUCUGACAGAAACCCCAGCAGAUAGCUUGGAUUACAAUGGUCUUCUUGCAAUAGGAAAAGCAGAUUUUGAGACCAUACGGCCAAACAAUGAAUGUGAUCCCAUCUCAGUGAAUUAUACUUCUGGCUCAACUGGCAUUCCCAAAGGAGCAAUAUACAGCCAUAGAGCUGCCUAUCUCAAUUCAAUAGCGGCAAUUUUUCGCACUGACAUGAGACAAACGUCAGUGUUUCUAUGGACUGUUGACAUGUUUCGCUGCAAUGGGUGGUGCUUCACUUGGGCAAUGGCUGCUGUUGGUGGCACCAAUAUCUUCCUUAGAACUGGAGUACUCUCAGCAAAGCUCAUAUUUGAAGCAAUUGAUAUUCACAAGAUAACUCACUUUUGUGGUGCCCCCACCAUUUUGAACAUAAUUGCCGACGCUCCGGCUAGCCACCAGAAGCGGCCAUUGCCAGCCAGGGUGGACAUUAUCGUUGCUGGUGCAUUACCAGCACCCCAGGUCCUCAUGAAGGUUACCGAACUAGGCUUUAACCUGAGCCACGGCUAUGGUAUGACAGAAGCCCUUGGCCCAGCCAUUGUUGUUCCAUGGGAACCCAGAUUGCAGUACUCUUCAAAAUCGGAUGAACAAACAGAAAUAAUAAAACUUCGUGAAGGGACUCACAAUCUUCUGAUGGAUGGUGUUGAUGUAAAAGAUCCGAAAACCAUGAAAAGCAUACCUUAUGACGGGAAAACAAUUGGGGAGGUGAUGUUUAGGGGCAAUGUUUUGAUGCUGGGGUACCUUAAAAAUUCAAAAGCAGGUCAAGAAACUUUUAGGGGCGGAUGGUAUCACACUGGAGACAUAGCAGUCAGACAUCCAGAUGGGUGUAUACAAAUGAAAGACCGUGCAAAGGAUGUUAUAAUCUCUUCUCGGGGAGAGGCUAUAAGCACGAUCGAGGUAGAGGCAGUGUUGCGAAGUCAUCCAAAGGUGUUGGAGGCUGCUGUUGUUGGGAGAGCACGUGAUGAUGAUGAUGAUGAUCUCCAAGCAGCAGGGAAGACGCCUUUUGCAUUUGUCGAGUUGAAGAAAGGGAGUGAUGCAUGUACGGCGGAGGAGAUUAUCAAGUUUUGUGGGGAUCGAUUGCCCAAGUAUAUGGUUCCGCAGAGUGUUGUUUUUGGGGAUAUACAAGUCACUUCAACUGGUAAGAUACAGAAAUUUGUUCUCAGAGAGAAGGUCAAGGCCAUGCAGGGUGGUUCUGGUAUGGCUGAUCUCCAGAUUGGCAUCCAGUAAUUGUAGGCUUGCAUGCGCACAAAUCUUUUGCUGAACUUAAAAAUAUGUAUGUAUUAUAGUUGAUAAUAGAUGAUUUGGCUAUGUUUGUGAUUA